ACUACGAUAUAUAAUUGAAGUGUAUUUUUUCAAGAUCAGAAAUCAUUUUUUUAACACUUUGUCACCAAACAAUCAUAGAUAGAAAACAAGUUAUUUAUGGUAUCUUCCAUCGGCAGUGUGUGUGUGUGUAGGUUGUUCACAAAACAGCAAAACAAAAAAAUCUAUAUUUGUCCUCGAAAUAACUUUCUUCUUCUUUUUUCAUUCAUUCAUUCAUUCACUCACUUUCUUUCUCUUUAUGAUGUUUUGUGCCUAAUUGAAUUAUUAUUUCAAAUCAAAUGAUGAUUUAUGACAAUUCAAUGAUAAAGUGAGAGAUAGAGAGAUUAAAAACAACUGAGUGAUUAGAAGAAAAAAAAUGCACCGAAAAAAAAUCUGACAAAACCAAACAAGCAGAAAAAAAUUAUAUUGUUGUUUUUUAGACAUUUAAUAAAUAAAUAAAUAAUGGAAACAACAACAGCAACAAGCAUUCAAAAUACCAACAACAUCAACAACGAUAGUGGCAAUGAUACUAAUAAUAACGGUAAUAUUGCCAUGUCAACUGCUGCUGCUGUUGCUGCUGCAUCAUUAUCAUCAUCAUCAAAUAUUGCCGCAAUAGAUACAAUCAAUGUAAUGGAAACUAUUGCCGCAAAUGAUAUAGCUGCUACGAAUAAUAAUAAUAAUACCAUCCAUACACCAAAUCAUCAUCAACAACAUCAUCAUCAUAAUACUCCUUCGCCUAAUCCUCAUCAUCAUCAUACGCAUCCACACCAUCAUCAUCAUCAUCAUCGCCAUCAGCAACAACAACUUACAAAUCAUCAAAAUAAUAAUAUGGCUAUCAUCGAUAGUAACACUAACAACAUCAACACCACCACCACAAUAACAACAACAACAUUAACAACAUCAUCAUCAGCAGACAACACUAUUAGCCAUGUCAUUAUUAAUAGUGGUGGUAUAAAUAAUGAUCAAAAUCAACCACAAUCGAAUCCAAAUAUAUAUGUGAAUAAUAAUCCUAAUAAUACGAUAGCGAUCAAUUCGAAUACGGUUGUGGUAGUUGCCAAUCCGAAUGUACCAUCACAAUCAUCAUUACCACCGAUAACGACUGUGACGAACACAUCGUUAGCGACCAAUGUUGCAUUACCGCCGAAAACAUCAUUAACAACAGCAACAACAACAACACCAACAACAUUAACAACAAAUCAUAAUCAAUUAGUGAAUAAUAAUAAUAAUAAUAAUAAUAAUAAUCAACAACAACAACAAACACCAACAACAACAACAGUGGCAAAUACUGAAGAUACCGAAAUGAGACAUCGUUUUAAAGUAGUCAAAUUAGUUUCAUCACAACCAUAUACACGUGGACGAUGGACUUGUUUUGAUUAUAAUGAUGAAAAUCAAAAUACGAUCAAUAUAUCGAAACAUGUACCGGCUAAUAAGAUUGCACCAAAUGAACAAUUGGAACAGUCGGUUUUAUUACAAGAUCAAAAUUGUCAAACAGGUAAUAAUUCAGGUGGUCAAAUAAAUUCUGAUCAAUCAGAAGUGGCAAUCGAUAAUAAAAUUGAACAAGCAAUGGAUCUGGUCAAAUCACAUUUAAUGUUUGCCGUACGUGAAGAAGUUGAUGUACUAAAAGAACGUAUUAAAGAAUUGGAAUCCGAUAUACAGAUAUUAAAAGCACAUGCAACACCGGAAACAUUAGCAUUAUUAAGUAAUAAUCGUUCAAGUGCCGUUGCCGCUAAUGCAGCAGUUGCGGCUGUAGCUACAGCUGCUGCUGCUGCAGCUUCUGCGGCCAAUGUCAAUGUCAAUCCGGUUAUUAAUAAUAAUAAUAAUACAAUGAAUAAUAAUAAUAAUAAUAAUUCGGGUAUCAUGUCGAAUAAUAUUAAUGUAAAUCCUGAUUGAACAAAUUUUUUUUUUGGUUCAAAAAAUCAUUCUCCAAUAAGAUCCGCCACAAUCCUAAAUUCUGACUAUUCAUCAUCAAUAUAACUGGGCAACAAAUUAUCGAUGCUGAAAUGAAUUUUAAAAAAUAUGAACUCUU